AUGGCUGAAAAAGAGGCAACUGUCUAUGUCGUGGAUCUGGGAAGGUCUAUGGGCGCGCGUCGUCAUGACCGCCCCGUGACUGAUCUGGAUUGGGCUAUGCAGUAUGUUUGGGAUAAGAUCACUGCGACGGUGGCAACCGGCCGCAAGACAGCAAAUGUGGGCGUGGUUGGACUCAGGACAGAUGGUGAGUCUGAUCGUUCAAGUCCAAGGGAGGUAUCUAAUGAGAUGCCAGACACUUCGAACGAACAACAAGAUGAUGAGAGCUAUUCCAACAUCUCAGUUCUAUUCCAGAUUGGCCAGGUUCUGAUGCCUGACAUCCGGAAACUGAAAGAGUUGAUCAAACCCAGCAACACGAACCGUGGCGAUGCCAUUUCUGCCAUCAUCGUUGCGAUGGGUAUGAUCAUUCAAUUCACGAGGACAAACAAAUUCAAGCGCAAGAUCGUGCUCGUGACCAAUGGCACUGGAGCAAUGAGCAACGAUAGCUAUUCGGAUAUCACAUCGAAGAUGCUAGAGGUCGGUAUUGAGCUAGUGAUUCUAGGUGCCGACUUUGAUGACGCUGAAUACGGCGUGAAAGAAGAAGACAAGGACCCACAUAAGGCGAAGAACGAGGAGCUACUCCAAACCUUUGCAACGGACUGCGAAGGGAUGUUCGGAACUCUGGAUCAGGCUGUCUCAGAACUAGACAUCCCCCGUCCAAAGGUUACAAAGAGUGUAGUCAGUUUCCGGGGGACGCUUAGGCUUGGAGACCCCGAGGAAUACGAGACGGCAUUGCGAAUUCCAGUGGAACGUUUCUUCAGAACCGCCGUCGCCAAGCCUAGCUCGGCGAGUUCUUUUGUUCAGCGCUCUGGAGCUGAGCCAGGACAAGAUUCUACUCUGGGGGGCCAGGGUCCAAAUGCCAAUGAAUCGCUCACGUCAGUUCGAACAUCACGGACAUAUCAAAUCUCGGACGAAUCUGCCCCCGGAGGAAAGGUUGAUGUUGAGCGUGAUGAUCUGGCAAAGGGCUAUGAGUAUGGACGCACAGUAGUUGCAAUUGAUCAAUCCGACGAGAGUGUCACCAGUUUACGAACAUUUGCUGGAUUGGAUCUGAUUGGAUUCAUUCACGAGGACAAAUAUGAACGUCACAUGCACAUGUCAAACACGAAUGUCAUAAUUCCAGAGCGUGGUAACGACAAUGCAUCUCUGGCGCUAUCCUCCUUCAUCCAUGCUCUUCACGAGGUUGAAUCAUACGCGGUUGCUCGACUAGUGACCAAAGAGAAUAAACCUCCAAUGGUUGUGUUGCUAGCGCCGUCCAUCGAGCCAGAUUACGAAUGCUUGAUCGAAGUGCAGCUCCCAUACGCCGAAGAUGUUCGCUCCUACAGAUUCCCGCCCCUGGAUAAGGUCGUCACUAUCUCUGGCAAGGUCAUGACAGAGCAUCGCAACCUUCCAGAUGAGAAACUGAAAGAUGCUAUGAGUGAUUAUGUCGAUAGUAUGGAGUUGGAGGUCAAGAAUGAUGAAGGGGAAAUCAUCGAGGGUGUCCCAAUUGAAGAUUCGUUCUCGCCACUACUUCACCGUCUCGACUCAGCCAUCCGAUACCGCGCCAUUCACCCUGAAGACCCGAUCCUCGAGCCGGCGGAAAGACUCACUGAGUUCUCACACCCGCCCGAAGAGAUGAUCAAUAAAUCUGAAUCCUACCUGGAGAGGUUGAUGUCUACGGCAGACGUCAAGAAAGUUCCCCCGAAAGCCAAGGGUCGAAAACGUCAACGCGAAGCCGAGAAACCCCUCUCUGGACUAGACGUCGAUGCCCUCCUGAAUCUCGAGCCAAAACGCACUAGGAUCUCCACCGAAAACGCAAUUCCAGAGUUCAAGCAGACUCUUUCUCGCGCUGACAGCAUCGAAGCUAUUCACGAUGCUGUGCAGCAGAUGGCGACUAUCAUCGAGUCUCAGAUCACGCACAGUCUGGGCCACUCAAACUACGAUCGUGUCACCGAGGCUCUGAGAACCAUGCGGGAGGAACUAGUUGAUUACGAGGAGCCGACGAUUUAUAAUGAAUUUGUACGUGGACUCAAAGAAAAGAUGUUAGCUGAGAAGCUGGGCGGGGAUCGGACGGAACUGUGGUUCUUCGUGAGGAAAGGUAAAUUGGGGCUCAUCGAUCAGAAUGAGGUCGAGAGCUCCACGGUUGAAGAGAGUGAGGCUCGUGAGGUAAGCAUUGCCCACAGAAGGGCUCUAUCAGAAACUGACCUUGGUAUAGUUCCUGGCUCCAAAUUAAGGCUUGCAGUUGGGGUGGAAUAUGAGUUCGUGAAGUUGCUCACGCCAAUGACGAAGACGAAAAUACCAUUAGUUUCUCCCUUACAUCUCACAACUGUCUGUCUAUGUUCUACCUAUGUAGUUAUUCCCAGUAGAUGUCUGGAGAAUACAGGCUUACUGGUUGAAGAGUGA